UCCAUUCUCGUGCCAACAUUUCUCAUCAGUCUCUCUCACCUCUCACUCAACUUCACAUCUUUCUUGGUAAAAUUCUUGGAAAUUAACCGAUUUUAAGUAUUUUCAAGUCAAUUAAAAAGUUACUUCGAACAACCCUACUGAGCGGAACUAGACAAAAAAAUCAAAUCGAGACGGCCUUCGCAUCGUCGUCGGUUGUACCGGUCGACGACCAAAACUGUCGCUUCGAAUCUUCACCACCCGGUGUUUUUCAUUGGGUUUGAUUUCAUCGUUGCGAAUAUCGCGAGCCUUCUUAAAUCCUUCUUCCCACGUUCAAAGUUACUUUAUUUGCACCUCUUUUCCAAAUUUACAAAAGCUACCACUCCAAUCAGUGGUCGGCAAGAAGAUGGAUGACUCGCCCCCCUUGCAGAAUGGGGCUUCUGCUCCUAAGAAGGGGAAAAAGAAACUUGAGGACAUUUAUCAGAAGAAGACGCAGCUGGAACACAUCCUCCUCAGACCGGAUACAUACAUUGGAUCCGUGGAAACUGUGAAAGAGACGAUGUGGGUGGUAGAUGAAGACGGAAAAAUGGUCCUCAGAGAUGUCACUUUUGUCCCUGGGCUGUACAAAAUAUUUGACGAAAUUUUGGUCAACGCAGCAGACAAUAAGCAGCGGGAUGCUGACAUGGACUGCAUCAAAAUUGAUAUCGACCCAGAGGCAAAUUCGAUCUCCAUAUACAACAAUGGAGAAGGCAUUCCUGUGGCGAUGCACACCGAGGAGAAAAUGUAUGUUCCUACCCUCAUUUUCGGCCAUUUGUUGACAUCUUCCAAUUUUGACGAUGAAGAAGAAAAAGUCACAGGCGGGAGAAAUGGCUACGGGGCCAAGCUUUGUAACGUAUUCAGCACAAAGUUUAUUGUGGAGACGGCAAGUCGCAAAAAAAAGAAAGCAUUUAAACAGGUGUGGCAGGAUAACAUGGGCAAGGCAGGGGAACCCAAGAUCAAAGAUUUCUUCAAUGGGGACGACUACACCAAAAUUACAUUUUAUCCAGACUUGACAAAGUUCAAGAUGGAGACCUUGGAUAAAGAUAUUGUUUCUAUAUUCCAUCGAAGAGCCUAUGAUGUGGCUGCAACAAGCGGAUGCAAAGUGAUACUAAAUGGGAAGCGACUCCCAGUCAAGAACUUUAAGGAUUACGUUGAUCUCUAUUUAAAGGACAGGGCAGAUGACGCUGGAAAUCCAAUCAAGUUCUACUAUGAAAAGGUCAACGAGCGAUGGGAAGUCGGAUGUUGCCUCUCUGAAAAUGGAUUUCAGCAAAUAUCCUUCGUCAAUAGCAUUGCAACCACAAAGGGCGGCAAACACGUUGACUAUGUGGCAGACAUGGUUGUCAAAAAUUUGGCCGAAUCUAUCAAGAAAAAGAACAAGAAUGGAGUAGAGAUGAAACCAGCAUUGAUUAAAAAUCAUAUGUGGCUCUUUGUCAACUGCUUAGUCGUGAACCCCACAUUCGAUUCUCAAACAAAAGAAUUUAUGACGUUACAGAGCAGUAAAUUAGGGUCAAAAUGUGCUCCGUCCGAACAGUUUUAUCAGAAAGUCCUUAAAUCUGGAAUCGUGGAAGCUUGUGUAAACUGGGCAAAAUACAAGGCUGAAGAGAAGCUUCAGAAAACACAGAAAGGCACAAAGAAGAACAAAAUUACAGGAAUUCCAAAGUUGGAAGAUGCAAAUGAGGCUGGAAGACAAAAAUCUCUGGAGUGCACUUUAAUUUUGACGGAAGGAGAUUCGGCUAAAACAUUGGCAGUUGCUGGGUUGGGUGUAGUUGGACGCGACUUGUAUGGCGUAUUUCCUCUCCGUGGAAAACUUCUCAACGUACGCGAGGCUCCAACAAAGCAGAUCAUGGAAAAUGCAGAAAUUUCGGCAUUAAUUAAAAUUCUUGGACUCCAGUACAAAAAGAAAUAUGAAUCACACGACGAUAUGAAAGGUUUAAGAUAUGGUAAACUCAUGAUCAUGACGGAUCAGGACCACGACGGUUCUCACAUUAAAGGGCUCAUCAUUAACUUUAUUCAUCACAAUUGGCCUGGUCUCCUCAAGAUGAAUUUCAUUGAAGAAUUCAUUACACCCAUCGUGAAGGCCACCAAGGGGAAAGAAUCCAUUAGCUUCUUCUCAAUGCCCGAGCUUGAUGAAUGGAAACGAGAUACUCCUUCCUGGAAGAAAGGGUGGAAACUCAAGUAUUACAAGGGGUUGGGAACCUCAACCUCUAAGGAAGCGAAAGAGUACUUUACUGACAUGAAGAGACAUCGAAUCAAGUUCAAAUAUCAAGGAACUUUGGACGAUGACAACAUUACUAUGGCGUUUGCCAAAAAGUGUGUUGACCAAAGAAAAGACUGGCUUACCAAUUGGAUGGAGACUACAAAAACUCGUCGUGAGAUGGGCAUGGGAGAGGAUGUCAUCUACUCCAAGGAUGUCAGAAGUAUUACAUACACGGAUUUUAUUAACAAAGAGCUCGUCCUUUUCUCAAACCUUGACAACUCUCGGUCCAUUCCUUCCAUGGUUGAUGGGCUCAAGCCAGGACAGCGGAAAGUAAUAUUCACAUGUUUGAAGAGGAAAGAUAAAAAAGAAGUUAAAGUUGCGCAAUUGGCUGGCUCUGUCGCUGAGCACUCUGCCUAUCAUCAUGGAGAACAGUCUUUGAUGGGCACCAUCAUUGGUUUGGCUCAAAAUUAUGUGGGAUCGAAUAACAUUAAUGUCCUCAUGCCCAAUGGUCAAUUUGGAACUCGGCUACAAGGAGGAAAGGAUUCUGCAUCGCCUCGUUACAUCUUUACACAGUUGAGUCCUUUGGCAGAGCACAUUUUCAACCCCAAAGAUGCUCCCUUGCUAAAUACGCUCUACGACGAUAAUCAGAAAAUUGAACCUGAGUACUAUGUUCCCUUGAUUCCUAUGGUGCUGGUAAAUGGAGCAGAUGGGAUUGGUACUGGGUGGAUGACUAAAAUUCCAAACUUCAACCCGAGAGAAAUUGUUAAAAAUAUUCGGAGAAUGAUUGAUGGUCAAGAACCAAAGCCAAUGAUACCUUGGUAUAAAAAUUUCAAAGGCGAAAUAAUUGAGAUAGGCCCCCAACGUUAUGCUUGUAACGGUGAAGUAGCAAUUCUGAAUGAAAAAGAUUUAGAAAUCACUGAACUUCCCAUCGGAACUUGGACGCAGUCGUACAAAGAAGGUGUAAUGGAACCGUUCCUUAAUGGGUCAGAAAAACAACCGAGCAUGAUUACGGAUUAUAAAGAAUAUCACACAGAUACAACUGUGCGAUUUCUCGUGUCCAUGAAAGAUGAACAAUUCCGAAAAUAUGAAGACGAGGGGCUUCAUAAAACCUUCAAACUACAGACGUCCAUCAGCACUGGCUGCAUGGUCCUCUUUGAUGACAUGGGUUGCAUGAAAAAAUUUGAAAGUGUGAUGGACAUUUUGAGAGACUUUUUCGAAUUGAGGAUGACUUUUUACAAAAAGAGGCGUGAUUACAUGUUGGGACUGUUGGAAGUAGAAGCGGAACGGUUAUCUGCAAUGGCGAGAUUCAUUGUGGAAAAAUGUGAUGGUCGUCUGGUUGUGGAAAAUAAAAAGAAGAAAGCAAUAUUGGAGGAGUUGAUUGCGAAAAAAUACCCAGCAGACCCAGUUAUGAGGUGGAAGGAAACCCAACAGACCAAGCUAAAUGUAGAUGAAGAUGAGGAAGAGGAUACACCACACUCAUCGAAAAAGAAAAAGGACGAUGAAGAUGAAGAUCCUACUACCAAAUCAUACAAUUACCUCAUGAAUCUCAGUAUGUGGAGGCUAACCCUUGAACAGAAAGAAAAACUUCUUCGCGAUAGGGAUGAAAAAUUAAAGGAACUCGACGAGCUACGAGAGAAAACUCCAUCAGAUCUCUACAUUGAUGAUUUGGACGCUUUCAUGGAGGCAUUGGACAAAAUAGAAGCGGAAGAAAAAGAAGACGAGCAAAAGUCUAGAUCUUCAUUGGACAAGAAAACCGUUACCAGCAAGAAAGGAACCUCGAGAAAAGGUCUGCCUGAGUAUGCUCCUUCGCCAAAGGGAGAACGAGUUGCGCCAAGACUGGACGACAUCAUAAAGAAGGCUGAAAUUGCUCUAAAAUCAAGAGAGAAUAAAGGAAAGGGCAGAACCAAAAAGGUCAAGGCAGAGGUUGAGGUGAAAGAUGAAUUUGACCUCAUGCUGGAAGAUGCUAACCUUUCUCUCAGAGAUAAACUCGAUAGUUCGGUAGAAGGAGCCUCCAAGCCGAAGGCAGCGUCUAAACCUAAAGCGAAUGGCGUUGCUAAACCUCGCAAGAAGAAAGAUACUUCCGGAAAGGAUGGGAUGAAGCAGACAAAAUUGAACUUUGGACCUAGUUCAAAAUCUAAAAAGAAGGGAAGUGAUAGCGAAGAUGAGGAGGAAGAUGAUGACUCGUACAACUUCGAUUCGGACAUUGACUUUGAUGAUGAAGUGAAGCCAAAGAAGGCAAAGGCAACUAGUGCACCCAAGAAGGAAACCAAAUUAACAAAGGACCGUGAGGAUGUAUAUGACCUCGAUUCAGACAUAGAAUUUGACUCCGAGAAAGUUAAACCCAAGAAAGCAAAAACAACAGCGACCUCUCGUCCCAAAAAGGAACCGAAAGAAAAGAAAGCUCCGGCCAAACUCAGAGCUAAAGCGUCACCCGUUAAGAGGAAGAAGGCUUACAGUGACUCUGAUGAUGACGGAGCUUCAGGGUCUGAUGCAUCCUUUAAUCCCAGUCCUAAAAACAAGAAAUCUCCACCAAAAAAGAGGAAAACUACUUCGGAUGAGGAUGAGAAAUUUUCUUCUGACGAAGAAAGCUUCCACCCCACAGCUGUCUCCAGGACUAAGCGUGCGACUGCUGCACAAAAGAAAUACAAUUUUGAUGAUGAAGAUUCCAAUGAUUCGAUGGACGAUUAGUUUUUUAACUUGUGUAAAAUAUUGCGAUACUCAUAUUGUAUACCUCAUACAUUUUUAAGUAUUAUAAUUUCUAAGUUAUGUUUCAUUUUUUCUAAACACAAACCUGUAGUUCUCAUAUCUUCUGAUUUUCUAUUCCAUGUAUUUAUACCAUAAAAUAGUAAGAUUACAAAAUUGAACGUUGAAUGAAUUACUGUUCCGGAAUAUUCAAAUGUUUUACUAAAAAUCAAAUUUUCUUAACGUACAAAGUAUGUGAGUCUGAUUUCUUUAGUGAUACCAAAUACCAAAUUGUUAUUUGUUUUCUAGAAAAGCAUUCAGGUAGGUGCAACUUAUGCAAAUUUUAACGUUUUUUUCUAAUUUCGGAUUUUAAUAUUUCAAAUUUUUACAUGGCAUUAUAUAUGAAACCAGUUUUAUUCUGGUGAUAUCUCUGACGCUGUGCUUUCGUAAUCUGCACAUAAUUAAUAAAAUGUGGAAUCGAUAAAAAA